AUGGAGGCUCGACGCCGCAGGUUAGAGCGUGAAGAUGCAGCCGGGAGAAAGGUCGGUGGAUUCUGGCGCGGCCGCGGAUGUUUCAGCAAGAAGGGCUGUUUCGGACGACCAGGACGAGAAGGCCGUCUUCGACGACGCUGGUAUCUUGGAAUCUGCACUUUAUUCCUAGUAAUUAUCAUCUUGGCAAUUGUCCUCGCCAUCACGCUCACUAAGAAAGGCGACGAUACCCCCGUCCAGUCCAAUUGGCUCAACUUAACCGGCUACCCGCCCAUGCCAACGGGGAUCGCCACGAUUGCAGGCACAGAGACUCAAGAGUCGACAUCAACAUGCAUCAAGCCCUCGUCACUAUGGAGCUGCGCUCUGCCAAAAGACCAACAAUCAGAUAACAAGCCCUACAAUGGCGACGAGCCUACCUUCCGCAUCCAGAUCCUCUUCCGCAACGGCUCCUACCCCAACAGCACCACCGCCAGCACAUCUUCACGAAAGUUCCGCCGUGGAGACAUCGACUGGAAUCCUUCGCCAGCUACACCCGCUCUAGCAGAGCAGUCCUUCCUAGGAAACACCACAGACGGAAACUCGGCCCCCUACGCCGGCGAAGAAACACCGUUUUACAUGACACUCCUCUCCCCGGCACACCUUUCAACAGCAAACAUCUACCGACGAAGCAACACCUCCACCACCACCUCAUCGAACUCAUCCUCCGGAAUAACAGCCUCGAACCUAACGGACAUCUUCCCCGCCCCAGAAGAAACAACGAACGGCGUUCCCUCCGCCGCAACCCUCUACCCCCUCCCCUCCUCCCAACCAAUCCGCCUCUACAAUCGCAACAAAGACACCGAACACUACGGCUUCUACACCUACUACGACAAAUCAAUCUUCCUCUCCUCGAGAGCCCCUCUCGACGGCGGCACCACAGACAAAAACCCCACCGACACAAACGGUGGAAGCAAACAAUCCAAUUCCGUAACCCGCUGCACCUGGUCUCAAACGCGCUUUCUGGUCCAAAUCUGGACAAAACCAGACCGCAUAAAUCGAGCACUCCUUUCAGCCGGCACGAAUUCCAGCAAAACCGUCUCCGGUUCAACAGCUACACCAACGUCCUCAACAUCAACAUCUUCAUCCUCAGCAACGGAUUAUACUCGUCCAGGCUCAUUCCCGUAUCCGGUUACCAUAACGCUAGAUCGACACGGCGGCGACGAGGCGAAGAAACUCGUUUACUGUUAUGGGGUGGUUGAUGGCGGGCAAGCGUAUAAUGUUACGGAUAAAUUGUUGCAGGUUGAGGAUCGCGGGGUUGGGGGUAAUUUGGUUAACUCCGUUCUUGCGGGGAGUAGUGAUACACCCGGUAUUGAUGGGGGAGUGGGGGGUGUGGGUGUGAGUGGGUUAAUUGGAUUGAGACGGGGUAGGUUAAGUUGGGGUUUGGAUGAAAAGUUGAUUUUGUGUCUCAAAUAG